ACCUUUUUUUCGAGCUCUCUUAGCUCAGUUUCUAUUAACAGUUACGCCAAGAUGAAAAUUACCAUUGCAAUUCUAGGACUUUUUGUGGCAUUUAUCUGCACCCAGCAAUCGCCAACCGCAGCAUGUGAUAUCCAAGCAGUUUAUAAUCAAACCAUAAAGUACUGCGAAAUCAACUUCUUUGCGAACAUAUUCUUGUGCACCGGCUUGUCUUACGGUGUCAGCAACGAGAAAUUUAUUCAGACGAUCCAGUCGCAAAGUCAGAUCUUGUGUGCAAUACCAUUUUUUGCUGAAAUUUGCAAAGUCUGCGAUUUUUCGACGAUUGUCUCAAAUGAUCAGAAUGCUACGAUUUCAAGCGGAAAUUCAACUGCAGACGCCACCCGAACUUUGAAGCUUUCUGAUCUGACGCGUUAAACAAAAAUCUGUUUCGGAAAACAACUGGAAAAUUGUACUGGAAAGGAUAUUGAAUUAUAAGAUUUUACUGAAAACCAUAUUCUGUUUGCACUUUGGCAUGCCAGCCGUUAAAUAAAUUACCCAAGCAUUGCAACAUA